AUUUUUUCACCUAAAGUUGUCUCCUUUUUUUCCUCUUUUAUGUGUGGGUGUGUGUAUGGGCAUGAUUGGAGAGCUUUGCCUGCAUUGGCUCUGAAAUCCUUAAAGAAAAGUUUCCCAAGAUUACACAUCACACCCCCUAAACUUUCACUAAAACUAGAGAAGGCAGCAAUACCUAUGCAUUUUGACUCUCCCCCUAAAAUUGACUUCCCUUUCAAUUCUUCAAACUCCAAGGCAUUUUCCAUCCAAAGGACUGGACUUUAACUUGUUCUUUCAUCUUUGAGUUCCAAAUCUUCCCUUAGUCCAUCUUCAUGAACAAUGAGGUGGUGGGGUUUUAGCAAGAAACAGAAGAUGAGUUUGGGUUUUUUGUCUCUUCUUCUUCUCCUACUUCUACAGCUGAAAGCUCCAAACUACUAUGCAGAUGAUGGCCACCUCAGCAAUGGAGAUUCCCACAGAUUAAAAAAUGGGGUCAAACCCAUUUCUGGUGUGGGGUUGACUGCUCGAAAAUCCCACAAUCGGAUCCCAAAAGCAGCCACAAAUUUGGGCGGCCAUGUUGAAGAGAAGAAGGAAGAUGAUAUUUUUGGUGCUGAUAAGAGGAGAGUCCGUACAGGACCCAAUCCCUUACACAACAGAUAAGUAGCAGAUCAGUGUUGUAAGUGAAGAGAUAUACUCAUCUCUAGAUUUUUGUUUUUCUUUUCUUUUUCCUGUUUUUUGAUUUUCCAUUUGAUUAUAUAUCUAGCCGCUUCUUGUUCUUUUUUUGGAUUUAAAAUGGUUACCCUCAUAUUACUUGUUCUUAUGUUUGGCUCAGUUUAUUGAGGGGCAUUAAGUACUCCAGAAUGUUUCCAGAAAUCUUAGCUUGGAUAGUUGGAUUUGUACAUUCACAACCUGGUCUUUCUUGUUCUACAGUAGUUCUAUUUACAAAUUAAAAUGAGGACAUUGAUAUAGUUUUUUUAUUUUAAAUGAUGGUUACGUUCUAUUUUUUCAAUCCUAUGAAUUACAAGCUUACGUACAAUUGAUACCUUAUACGAUGUACAUUGUUUACAUACUGUUUUUACCGAUAUAGUUCUUAUAUAUUAUAUAUUGAAUUGUGCCCCCAGCCACUUGCUCUUAAAUAAGUGCAUGUGUGUUCAUUAAAAAUAAAAAUACUCCGGCAGUCCGGCCUAAAACAUUACAAUGAAAAGGUUUAUAAAUAAUAACUGGUUAACUAUUUAGACAUUGAAUGAACAUAACAAAGUUAUCCUACCAUAUCAUACUUGAGCUUUUCAAUUCCUUUAAAUUUCUGUUUUAAUACCAG